AUGCAUAGAAACACCCUCCAGUUUCUACAGUUUGCAGGAAUAUCUGACACAGGCCUGUCCAACGAGUUGGAUUCAGGACAUUUCACCCGAACAGUGCUCGGGGCAUCACCUCGCUCUGUUUAUCGCCUCACUCCUGUCCCCAUCCUUAUUGCCCAUCCUUGUGUGGGCGGAGGGCCGCGCUGCACUAACAAUCGCUUCGUUGUAUCACUCUUCUAUGUGUCGUGCUAUGGAACACGUGAAAAAGUUGAUGAUCAACUGUGUGACAGGGAAAUUACAAAAAUCCGUAAACAAAUUGGUUCCAUGAUAAGAAGAAAUGGUGUAAGGUCGCAGCGCCAUUCAAAAAUAAGGCAUGGCGCGGCGUCCGGCGCGGGCAGGCCAGCGGAGCGCGAGCUGCGCGGGGCGUGGGUGGGCGGAGCGGGCGCGGGCGCGGCGGGCAGGGGGACGUCGACGGCGCGGUGCCCGUCCACGUCGCUCGCCGCCCGCCGCGCGCCGCCCCGGACCCAUAACAAUCUUAAUAACUGGAGUGUUCGCAUUUUGGGUCCUUCUAAAAUUAUAGUAAAAGAGGGUACUUUAGUGGAAGUCCUGCGAAGUCAAGGUUCUGACCUUGAACUCAUAAAACUUGAAGGAUGCAUCCCAUCACGCACAAGGUUACCAACAGUUUUACAUAUACUACAUCUCACACUCAAAAGAAUGACUAUGUUGCGUAUUGGACUAGAAGAUUCUGAAACAGCCUGUAUAUCUGAUUACAAAGAUGAACUAAGACAGCAGGAUGUUUUGACUAGAGCGUUCGGCUGCGCGGGGCGGCCGGCGCUGCGAGCUAACAGCUAA